AUGGGUCGGUGCAAAGGGUAUGGAGGUGGAGGAUGGCAUCCACCCAAAAAGCUUUACCGACAAGUGGAGGAGCACUUGUGCGCCCAUGAGGAAAUGGCGUGUCGGGCAGCUAAAUCACGAGUCUCUUCUCUGAAUAAACUUGCACAAAAAGAGGGAGAAAUGAAGAGCGAACUGGAGCAGUUGCGUAAACAACGAGAGGAAAGGAGACUCGAACUUGUGGCCACCCUUCGUGACACAUUGAAACACGUGGAUGAUCCGAUUCGCCAUCUUCAUCAAAAGCAAUGGAUUCAACGGGAAGAUAACCAGCCACAAUUCCCCAUCAAACAUCCAUGUGAAACAAUUACAUCAGAUCAUCGGGAAAUGAUCCCAGACUCGGUGGACGCUAGGCUUGACACCUCUAGGACAGGUCUAAUGCGAUGUUGUGGUUUAAGGGAGGAUUGUUUAACCAGAGCAAACGGUCAGGACGAAAUUGAUUCUGAGCUGCAAUGUAUUCUAGUCAGCCGACAAGCAGAACGAGCUCAACUUGCCGCUCAGGUUGCAAAUGAGCGUCAGCAGAUCGUUGAUAAUAUUCGAUUGGUGGAAACAGAACUCUGUAGUUUGACACAGGUUGAGAGAGAGCGCAAGAAAUCCCAAAGCGCUUUAGUUGUGGUUCAUUUUUCUGAGCGUCAGAGGCAUCUCGUCCACUUGAUGUCAGAGCUGCAGCACCAGAAAGAGCAUCGUGAGUCGGAUCUGCGGGAACUCCUGAAGGAAUUGGAAGAACAAAGGGAACGAGAUCAGACGGAAUAUUGGCUGGUCCAAUACCAACGUCUCAUAGAUAAGAAACCUUUGAAUUUAAAAAAGGAACUUUUGAUGGGCGAUGAUGUAUGCGCACUUCCAGCAGCACCCAUUGCCUCUGAACACGUGGGUAACUUUGAGAAUCAUCACUCACCUUCUGACAUGCCUACCUCGCUUGCAGUAGAGGAUACAAUUUUGGACUCUUUACCAGUACUUUCUGCACCGAGUGAAAAGGCGAAUGGAGGCGGAUUGACUAUGAUUAACACCGGUGAUAAUGGAAUGGUGUCGCCCAGCGCUCCACCCGCAAUUAUAGCUCGCUUCGAGAGCGAGUGUUGUAUAUGCCAGGAUGCUCAGUGUUCAAUCAUAUUCCUUCCAUGUGGUCACGUUUGUUGCUGUAAACUGUGUUCAGCCAAAGUCAUCCUUUGCCCUCUGUGCCGUAAUACCGUGGAACAACACAUCCAACUCCCCUAA